AUGUAUUUCCAACGAUUCGUCAUCGCAGCAAUCGUUCUACCACUCGCUAUUGCGGCUCCCAUCGCUAAUACCGCGGCCGAGAACAAGAACUCCCAAGUCAUCCAAAAGGAUGACAAAUAUGAUGGGGUUGCAUCCUCAUCAGCAACCCUCCAUGCACGACAAAUUCUGUGGACAAUUUUGGGUCCCUUGGGUUUCGAGCCUGUUGUCGAUGGGAUCAAUGGUGCGCUUGUGGGACUCGGGCUCAAGUGA